AUGGACAGCGACCGUCUACUCGCCGCUAUCUACUUCUCUGUCCUUCUGUCUGUGGCCAGCGGCUCUGACAGCUCGGAUUUAGAGACCAGAGCCCUGAGAGACUUCUACCCCAAAGAUCCAUACCCUUCCAGCGAAAAGGAACUGCUCGGGGCACUGCAAGAGGUCUUGGAAAAACUGCAGACGAAACGGCUCCCCGCCUGGGAAAAGAAGUUUGGACAAGUCCCACUGUGCGAUGUUGGGGAACAGUGUGCUGUCAGAAAAGGAGCCAGGAUUGGGAAGCUGUGUGACUGCCCCAGGAGUUCUGGCUGUAACUUCUUCCUGCUUAAAUGCUUGUAG